GGGCAGAGCAGAGCGGGCGUUCGUCGUUACGUAGGUGACUGACUGACGGGACCCAAAGUUGCAGUGGCCCGACCACGAGCACAAUCAAAUGGCUCCAGCAGGCUCCGCUCCCCCCGAAAAAGACCCCGCAUUGACCAUGCAUGUGCUUUACGCGCAGCCACACGUAAAUGGCCGAAACUGACAUCAUUCGCGACUAGGAGGCCGUAGCUGUGGCUGGUGUAUGCAUCAACAAGCUGCAGUGAGCCGGCCGCCCCCAUCAUGAUGGAUGCAUGAUCCCGGUGUCCUUUCAUUGUGACCCUGAACUGAGUGCAUCUGGAACCUGCUACAACCUACCCCCUUUUGACAUCCCCAUAGCACUCAGCAAUACCUAGGAACACCACGGCUUCACUCCGAACAACGGACGCUGCAAGACACCGAAGCCGACCCCCGCGCGCGCGACAAAAUAACACGUAAUAACAUCUUCGAUAAUACGAAACUCGGGCCAUAUCAGCGAGUUCCAAUUAACCCGAUACUCAAAACUGACGAGUGAACCUCCCACACGGCCGCUGAGCGAGUCGCAACAUACAACUACGACCACAACACAACCCCCCCCCAUUACCAUUAUCAAGAUGUCCGCAAACUACGAGCGCGAGCGCCAAAAUAAUGCGCGCCUCGACGAGCUAGCCUCCAAGGUUUCUGCCCUUCGAGGUGUAACGAUUGACAUUUACGACCAGGCGCGCAACCACGAAGUUAUCGACCAAACGACCGAUACCUUCUCCUCCAUGGGCUCUCAACUCAAAGGUUCCGCCACCCGUCUAGGCCGCAUGGCCGCAUCGGGGAACAAGGUCGCCAUUCUCAAGCUCUCGGGUAUUCUUAUUGGGAGCUUCCUGGUCAUUUACUAUCUUUAUCGACUUUUUGUUGGUUAAAUGAUUCAAAAAGUCACGACGUGUGAGAGGGCUAAAGUCGUUUGAAUAUUGGGUCUAUUGGGUCUAUUGAACUUCGACAUGCGAAUACAUGCCAGGAAGCAAAAGGAAGGGAGGUUCUCUUCAUCGGGUUCACUACAACAACACAGGGCGAAGGAUGUAGAGGGCGGCACGAUUCGAUUCCCGACAAAUAUCAGGAAUGAUAAGACGGAUGCGUGCGAAGCCGGACAUCAAGACAGGAUGGAGCUUGUCCGGAUAGCUUGUUGGAUGUUGGAGUGCUGGUACAGGCGAUGUGCAGUCCGCUUGCUCCCACAAAAGCCGCUACUAGUAUUGCGCAGAGGAGGUGCAAUGUAGGGUGGGGCAAUGGGUGGGAGGGUAGCAGGUCACGCAGGACCGUAGGUCUGUGUUUUGGUGGAUUCUGAACGAAGUGUGGAUUUUGGUUUACAGACUGGGCUUAAUGUUUUGUCUCGACAACAGACGGGUAGAUGCAAAGGCAUAGCAAUGGCGUUGACGGUUCGGUUUUGUUUGUUUAUUUGGGAUUUGGUUUCUGCGUACCUUAGGUUGUCAUUGAUACGUCGUGUCGUAUAAGCCAGACAUCGACAUUUCUCAGUCUCAUCCUUGAUUUUUCAUUUUGAAACUUCAAGGACAUCAGAAGGACAUUAAUGAGGGCAACACACACCUUACAAAAGAUAGGAGGAUCCUAUAUAAAAGUGCAUUACUUUUGCCCUACCAACGAACAAUAACUUGUUGUCUAUAAUGUAAAUAUGCCAAAACAAAACAUGACUUGCUGAUGUAAGAAUGACUGCGUUGUUCAUCAUUCCCCUAUUUGUCACGCAUAAACCAUCAUUUGCCUAACUCUUAACUAGAUCAGACUCCCACAGCAUAAGUACGACAUGGUGUUCGUGGAUAGCAUCCCCUUUCCAGUCAGGUGGUAUAGAAGGAAAAACAAGUUCGGACGCUUGAUGGGUUUGGUUUGGUUUGGUAUAAGUUUGUCCGAGCUAUUUCUCACAUCACCUGCCGGUUGAUUAUAUAUUUACAUGGUCGGCAUCAGGCGCGAGGACAACAGCAAAAAUCCCAGUAGACUGCACUCGGUUACCUCUGAACCCCAUGUCGGAGAUCCCUGAAUUGUCGUUCUAAGGUUUCUUAUUGCCAGACGUUUGAGAACAGGUCGUCACUGCCACCAAAACCGGUAGCCGGCUUGGAUCCGCUCGGAGCAGCUGGUGUGGUAGUGCUGCUCAUCCAGCCCCCAAACUCCUCAUCGGCCGCCACCUUUGGUGCUGGGGCAAAGCCGCCCGAAGCGCUGGGGACAAUAGGUUGGCUUGCGAAGGAGCCGCCGGUAGUGGAGGAGGUGGUGGUGCUGUUGCCCCAUCCAAAAUCGUUAGAAAGAGGGAUAGAGGUAACAGGUGCUGGCUUGGGCGGUUCAGGAGCCGCAGGCUUGGGGGGCUCAGGGGCGGAGGCCCACUCGUUGGAACCCCAUACACCUGCAUCUGACCAGGCGUUAGACGUCGCAAUAGAGGCAAG